UGCUAUCAUUAAACCACUUUUUUCCCCUUUGAUCAUAAUAGCCUAACUGAAUUCGCCAAAAGAGGGCAUUAGAAACAUUUCGGCCAACUUAUUUGGGCAAUAAAUUGUCUGUUGAGCUGACGGACAAUAUAGGCUAUAGACAGAAAGACAAUGCUUUACUUUCCUCUCUUACCUUUUAUCAGCAAAACGCAAGAUGUAUAAUGCGGGCGGUCUCCUUAUCUUCUCAUUUGGAUUUACCAUGCUGAAGUUCAUCUCCUGUUACAGCAAUGGAUUAUUGUUGGUUGAUCAGUGUAAUGUAAUUAAGAUUGAUAUUAAUCAUAGUGGCCUACCACCACAAACCAGUGAAGCCCCUUUCGAGGUGGAUUGGACACCGGAAGGGAACGAGACCAGUAAAGUGACGUUUUCGGCUAAAUCGGAUCAGUUUAAAGGUUUCAUGUUGGAUCUUCGUAAUUGUGAUGGUACAUUAAGUUUGGUUACCCGGGACAGCAGACUCAUCUGUGGCGACCGUGUCAUGAUUCAAGCUAAUAACCUAUGGAAAACGUCAGUCAGUGGGUUGUGGACGCCCAAAUCGGCAAGGCAAUGUUUGUUCAGAGCUGUAUUUAUUAAAGAAUUCUUCACGUUUUGGGAAAAAGAUUUCACAGUCCCGUCCACAACACCGCCGCCCACAGCUUCACCAACCUAUUCACAUGCACAAACUACAGGCACACCCACAACUCCACUGAUCCCUGAAGCCAACAGUGCACAAGCUACAAGCCAAACAAAAUUUACAACAACAUCAAAAAUAAACUCACAGGCUGCAGUCACACCACUAUCACCUCCUCAGUGUAUGCAAUAUCUGAGAUGUAUUUUAGCACUGUUAUUGUUCAGUCGACUGUGUUUUCUUGGAGGCUCUUCUCUCCUGAUUUUCAUUAGACCAGAUUUAAAAAAAAUGGCCAUCUUGAAUGCAUCUGUCCUUGAACUAGCAUCCAAAACUGUUGCUGUCAUCCUCGUACUAAUAAAAACAAUUAAAUAUGAGUGCGUGUACAAGUGUGCUGGUUUGCGGACUGUGUUUACCGCUUUGACAAUGGCUGCCAUGGUUUCAAGCCUGCUGCACACCAUCACUGUUUUCCUUCGUUGUGGACCAAGCCAUGAAUUAAGGAAGUUUUGGCUCUAUGCCAUCAUAAUGGUUGACCUAAUGAAUACUGCAAUUACAACCACUGCAAUAUUUUUUGGAACGAGGUGCUUUGAAGAACUCUGGCUGCCAAUAUUAAUGGGAGUUUAUGUUGUUUUGGAGAUCAUGCUGUACCUUGGCUCAGUUUGCAUUAAAAAAGUUGGAAAUCAGAAUCAUAUUCUGGAAAACAAGACAUCCCCAUGGUUGUUUAUGUUUAUGAUCUUCACAGUAUUUAAUGUAAUGUUGACAGCUGCACUUAUGACAGGAGUGUCUUUGGUUGGAAUGAUGAAUUGAAGGACCGUCUGCAGAUUUUUUGGUUAGCGAGUUUGUUAUCUUGGUACCUUUGUAGGGCUGAGCAAUGUGGGUGCAACUCUUUACAGUCCUUUAAAGGAAUACAUGUGAAUUAAAGAUGGGACAAUGCCUUCAUCAUCAUUACUUUGCCUGCUUUAAAUGUUUUGAGAAUCCUUCCUUUUUUUCACUGAUAAUGUUGAACGCUAAAGCGAUUGUAUAACUUUAAUUAUCUAAACAUUCAUGUUAAAUCCUACGUUUUCUGUUCAGUUGAGAAAAACUUUUACCUUUGAACAAUAAGAGGUUAAAUAAUGAAUUAAAUUCGAGUCAUAUAAAUAAUUUUACUCUGCACAACAUCCUUUAAAUGCUUUUUGUUAUGCUUAUUGGUUUAAAAUAGCAACGUAUGCUUCUAGCCUUACACAUUUAUUACUUUUUGUUAUUUGUAGAUGCUUUUUGAAUGUUACUGCCCAAACAACUUUUAUGUAAUGUUAUGAUGAGUGCUGAUAGUUUUAAACAUGUCACCACUGUGCAGCACUCUUCCAAUUGAAUUAUAUACACAAGUAAAUACAUCAUAAUGUAUGUUGUAUAAAGACAUUCACCAGAUUUUAGUAUUUUGAUACUAAAAUAUUUAUGCAAUUACAAAUAUACAAGGCUACAUAGCAAAAUAAACUUUUCAAUAAUGUGUCAUACUUCCUGAUGUUUCUCUCAUCCCAUUAACAAUAAAAAUGCUUGGUGAAAACCCA